AUGAGUGAUGAACAAAUAGAGACUCUUAGAGUGCAAAUAGCAGCAUAUGCCUUCAUAUGUGAGAACCUUGCUGAUAUGUACAGCAGGCUUACCCUCCACCAACUUCAGGAUCUUCCACUUCCAGGUCUCUAUAUCGAGCCCUUGAUGCUGUACGGUGGCCAAAGAUGGAGUAGCAGAAGGCGAUGGGCUCCGACACGGAACCAGCUUGAGAUUCUGGAGAGUAUAUUCGAGGAAGGCGGCGGAGCUCAUCCGAGCAAGCAGAAGAUCAAGGACAUUACGGCGGUGCUGAGCCACCAUGGCCAGAUUUCUGAGGCAAAUGUGUACACUUGGUUCCAGAACCGGCGUGCUAGGUUGAAGAGGAAGUCGCAGAACAAUAAUGCAGAAGCACUUGAUCGUCGUCAUCAUAAUAACCAUCCACAAGCCAUGAUGAAGAUGAUUCCAGUUGAUCAGUUAGGAUCGACCAAAAGAAGGCCUUGCAUUAAAAUUGCUUUGGUUUCAAGGAAAGGGAAUAAUGCUGCUGAUUUUGUGGCAGCUUGUGCACAAAGAGGGAUGGGGUCCAAUGGAUUAUUAAGUGUAGCACCGUCAUCAGAUUUUGUGAGCUGA